CAACGCUUGUGAACAAAAAUUUAAUUUAGAAAAAAGAGAAAAGUAAGAAAAAAAGAAGGAAAGAAAAUAUGAAAAAAGGAUGGUAUUGCUCAUGACCAAUGAAUAUGCACCACCACUUGCGUCAUCAAAUGUGAAUGUUGACUAAUUCUCUUUUAUCCCUCACAAGAUUUCCAGUGCCCGAAAACUUCAAAGCAGAAAGGUCCUUCAUUUCUCAGAGCAGUCUUACCGGUGGCCAUAUAAAUGCCAAACCUCUUCUGGGUUUUUUUUACCCAGAGCUAGCUGAAUUCUGAGAUGGGUAUGGCUGAGAAUAAGAAGAACAGCACUUUGAGUAUCAAUGGAAAAAGGAGGUUCAAGAAGAGGUCUUAUCUCUUCCCGUGUAUGAGGCUGGAUGAAGAAGUGCCGACUGAGGAGCGGCCGGACGGCGAUGGAGGCCUCGACGUGGAGGCUGCCGGAAAAGGUCAACGGUCAACUCACCUGGUUGUUAUGGUCAAUGGCAUUAUAGGCAGUGCUGAGAAUUGGAAAUUUUCUGCAAAGCAAUUUGUGAGAGCUUUUCCAAAAGAUGUCAUUGUUCACUGCAGCAAAUCAAAUUCUAAAACGCUAACGUUUGAUGGCAUUGACGUAACGGGGAGGAGGCUAGCUCACGAGGUUAUAUCCGUCGUACAACGUUAUCCAGACCUUCAAAAGAUUUCGUUUAUAGGUCACUCACUUGGAGGUCUGAUAUCAAGAUAUGCCAUUGCCAAACUAUACAGUCAAGGUUGUGCAGAAAAGCGUAAUGGAGAGGGUGUCACAGUAAAUGGAUGUAAAUGUAAUAGUAGCGUCUUACGGAAAGGUAACAUUGCUGGACUGGAACCUGUGAAUUUCAUAACCAUUGCAACACCUCAUCUUGGUUGCAGGGGACACAAACAGGUCCCUGCAUUCUGUGGACUUUACUCCAUGGAGAAAGCGGCUUCUCGUGCUUCAUGGAUGCUGGGAAGAACAGGAAGACAUCUUUUUUUAACGGAUAAUAAUAAGGGAAAAGAUCCUCUUCUGGUUCAGAUGGCUACUGAUUCUGAAGAUCUUCCCUUCAUAUCAGCUUUGGAAGCGUUCAAGCGUCGCGUGGCUUAUGCAAAUAUACAUUUCGACCAAAUUGUUGGGUGGAGUACAUCAUCAAUACGGCCAACAAACGAGCUUCCAAAGCGUAAGAAUCUCAUCAUGAUAAGUAUAAUUGAAAAGUAUCCACACAUUGUGAAUCUAGAAGCAGCAGCAAAGAAUAGUACCUCCCAGCAAAGCCAAGGCUCUGUGGUGAUUGCUAGAACCAAACACAAGGCUACUCAUUUUGAAGAAGCUAUGAUCAAAGGCUUGACUACGAAGUUGAGUUGGGACCGUGUGGAUGUUAGUUUUCGGGGGAGCAAACAAAGAUUUUUCGCCCAUAAUGCAAUUCAGGUACAGACAUAUUGUUUAAAUUCAGAUGGAGCUGAUGUUAUACAACACAUGAUUGACAAUUUUGUACUAUAAUACGCAGUACUACCUGGGUACACUCCAAUUCACACUACACUACGUACGCUUCAUUAUUCAUUUCCAAUUCAAAAUACUCCUACAUA